UUAAAACGUAGUUACUUAAAAAGAUUGGGAGAUGUUCUAUUUUUCUAUCACUGGGGAUUUCCAGGCACGUGCCCCACCCAAGGCCCACGCCCAGAGCGCUCCGACGGGAGGACUAUGCCCGCUGCCACCUUCCCGCCCGGACGCCUCAGGCAGUUCCGAGCUCCGCCUUUUAGACUGCACCGAGAGAAGUCAGCGACAGCUUUGGGUCCAGGCCGGGUUUUCCAGCAUCAAGACGGAAGUAACGGCGGAAAGGAAGUUCCAGGGCCAGCGCUGGGAAAGAGGUGGGGGACCAGGGGAAGACUGAGGGUGUGAUGGCGGCUCAAAUUCCAAUUGUGGCCACCACUUCCACUCCCGGAAUAGUCCGGAACAGCAAGAAAAGGCCGGCCAGCCCUUCCCACAACAGCAGCAGCGGCGGGGGCUACGGCUCCAGUAAGAAGAAAAAAGUGUGCGCCUCCAGCUUUGCGCAGGGUAUCAGCAUGGAAGCCAUGAGUGAGAAUAAAAUGGUGCCCUCUGAGUUUAGCACAGGACCUGUGGAAAAAGCUACCAAACCUUUGCCAUUUAAGGAUCCCAACUUUGUGCACUCUGGCCACGGUGGCGCGGUAGCUGGCAAGAAGAACAGAACCUGGAAGAACCUGAAACAAAUCCUCGCUUCCGAAAGGGCAUUGCCGUGGCAACUGAACGAUCCUAACUACUUCAGUAUUGAUGCUCCUCCAUCCUUUAAGCCAGCUAAGAAGUAUUCUGAUGUUUCAGGUCUUCUUGCCAACUACACAGACCCCCAGAGCAAACUGCGGUUCAGCACCAUCGAAGAGUUUUCCUACAUUCGGAGGCUGCCCUCUGAUGUCGUCACUGGCUACCUGGCCCUAAGGAAGGCCACGAGCAUCGUUCCCUGAGCCCAAGAAGUGGAGAUGAAGUGCAAAGCUGUUUCAAAAACAGACUCUGGACUCGUGAUUUUGUUUCAUGGAAACAAACUCAUUCUGCUGUCAAUCUGAACAUGCCAGUGCUGUGCCUUGGAAAGAAUGUUUGGCUUUAAUUUAAGUGUUUUUUUGAGUGUGUGUUUUCCCUCUGAGUGUGAUAUUUCCUGCUGAAUUAAAUUGUACCUCAGUUGUUGCCUCAAGUAAAGGUGUUUGACAAGAAAAUACAAUAAAACCAUACUUUUCAUUUAA